CCAGCCGCCGCCCGAGCCUGCCCCCGCUCCGGGGACACCGGGAACAACCACCCGGGCGAGGCUGAAACAGCACCCGAGCGAACGAGCAGCCGGGACAGGGCGAACCAGCGCCCGGGCGAGGAGUGAACCCGCUACCGGGCGCGCCCCCCGCCCGCCUUCCCUCCUCCCUCCCUUCCUUCCCCUCCCUCCCCUCUUCCUUCCCCUCCCUCCCCGUCCCUUCCUCUCUCCGCCUGGUGCCGCCACCGCCGAGGAGGAGGAGGAGGAACAUGGCGAAAGCGGAGCAGGUCCUCAGCCUCGAACCGCAGCACGAGCUCAAAUUCAAAGGUCCUUUCACAGAUGUGGUCACUACAAACCUGAAGCUCGGCAACCCCACGGACAGAAAUGUGUGCUUCAAAGUUAAGACCACAGCACCACGUAGAUACUGUGUAAGGCCCAACAGUGGAAUUAUCGAUGCAGGAACAUCAAUUAAUGUUUCUGUGAUGCUACAGCCUUUUGACUAUGACCCUAAUGAGAAAAGUAAACACAAGUUUAUGGUUCAGUCUAUGUUUGCUCCAGCUGAUACUUCAGAUAUGGAAGCAGUAUGGAAAGAAGCAAAACCGGAAGAACUCAUGGAUUCGAAGCUUAGGUGUGUGUUUGAGCUACCAGCAGAGAAUGAUAAGCCUCAUGACAUAGAAAUAAAUAAAAUUGUAUCCACAACUGCAACAAAGACAGAUUCCUCUGUAAUGUCUAAAUCAAUAAGUUCUUCUUUGGAUGACACUGAAGUUAAGAAAGUAAUGGAAGACUAUAAGAGGCUUCAAGUAGAAGUUCAGAGGUUACGGGAGGAGAAUAAACAGUUUAAGGAAGAAGAUGGACUGCGGAUGAGGAAGGUACCCCAGACAAACAACCCAAUAUCUCCUUCUGCAGCUGCUGUCAAGGACGAAGGGCUCAGCUCCAGACUACUUGCUUUGGUGGUUUUGUUCUUUGUCUUUGGUGUAAUUAUAGGAAAAAUAGCCUUGUAGAGGCAGCAUGCUGGAAAUUGUAAAUUGGUUUGAUGGUUCUGCCAUAUCAUUGGAUUAAAUUUAUUCAUAACAAUGUUUAAAAAGAAAUUAAUGUAUGACAUCUCACAGGUCUUGCCUUUAAAUUACCCCUGCACAAAUACUAUGUAACAUAAUCUAGAAAGUUCAAAAUGUACGGUGAGGGAAUGAAUGAAAGAGAAUAUGCUUCAAUGAUGAAGGGGGGAGAAAAUCCUGAUUUAACACUACAAUGGAAUAUUGUAUAUGUCAUUUUAAACAUUCUUAGACCCUGGUACAUGUUGCUGGAUUACCUCUUUUUAAAAAAAAAAAAGAAAAAAAAAAGGAAAACUAGAAAAACCUCUUCCUCCACUGCUGGAGCUGGCCCUAGGGAUGUUUGGAGCUGGGUUAGGCAGGAGGUGUUGAUAACUUCUGUAAAAUACAUUAAUCCACCAUUCUGCUCAUGAAUUUAACAGUUUCUAUCAGUGUCUUCAACUCUGUGCAAGUUACCAAUUUGUUGGCACUUAAAUGAGGAGUGAGGAGCUGCAAAGAUUUGUCUGUGGCAGCACUGAGGGAGCUGGGCAGCACCGAGGGGCUCGUUCACUAUAGAGGUCAAUGCCUUGUUCUCACCAAGGGACCAAGCUACAUUGCUGUUGGUUCAUUUAGUUGAAUUAAAAUGUUAUUCAGAGAUGUUUAAUGCAUAUUUGACUUAUUUAAUGUAUUUCAUCUCAUGUUUCCUUAUUAUCACGAAAUUGAUUAAUUCUUUGUGGUAUGAAAGGCGCCUGUUCAAAGCCAGUGACAAGAACUAAAAAUCUGCUGCUGUAGUGGUGCAAGAUUCUUCUGCCUCCUGGUGUUUUGGGCACUACACCAUUGUUGGGAGUUUUGAUCAUCUGAGCAUUGGGGAAACAGUGGUCAGAAACUGUUUUUGUAUGUAAAUAAGUCUAUUUAGGGGAGAAACAAAAAUAUCAGUAGUAAACUAGUCCUAUGCCGUAAAAAGACCAAUCUUGUUUGACUAUGUAGCAUCUUAAAAAAGAAAAAAAGAAAAAAAGAAAGAAAAGAAAAAUUAAAUAAAGCCCCCAAAUUCA